ACGACGAAACAGUCGUAAACAAGACCUUUUCUUGUCGCCGUUGUUCAUUCGGUUCACACGCCUACGGGUAGAACGAGCGUCUCGCGGGGGAGAUCUCGCGAUUCUCUCCCGCGUUUUCACGCUAACCCGUGGAGAACAUGAGCGCGACGGCGUUACUCUGCGCCUCGUGAUACACGAUCUCAAGGUGAGCUGCUAUGUGCUGACGUCAACCGGGUCGUUCUGGAAGAAUCCUGCAUGACAAUGGCGGACUUGUACGCGAAGUACAACUGCACCUAUUGUCAAGAAGACAUUGCGGGCCUACGUGUUAAAUGCAUCGAAUGCCCCGAAUUCGAUCUCUGCUUGCAGUGUUUUUCUUCUGGUGCUGAAAUUGGACAUCACAAAAAUAAUCAUGCCUAUCAAUUAAUGGAUUCUGGUACUAUCAGUAUAUUCAAUGGCCGUGGGAAUUGGACAGCUAAGGAACAGCUUAGGCUUCUGGAUGCUAUUGAACAAUUUGGAUUUGGAAAUUGGGAGGACAUUAGUAAACAUAUCGAGACACGUUCACCGGAAGAGGCAAAAGAAGAAUAUAUUGCAAGAUAUCUUAAUGGUAAUAUCGGGAAACACACGUGGCCGCCUACAGAGAACUAUGUACCAAAUCUCACAGAUCAGACAAAGUCUGAUCAUGGGCCCUUGUCACCUGAUCUUACAUCAAAAUUACCACCAUUGGAUAUCACUCCGGAUGAAGCCGCCCAAUUGGGUUACAUGCCGCAACGUGAUGACUUUGAAAGGGAUUAUAACCACGAAGCCGAAUCUCUCGUUUCUUCGUUAUUCUUGAAUCCUGCUGAGGACGAUGAUCUUGACAUUGCACUUAAACUAGCACAAGUUGAUAUGUAUACCAAUAAUCUGCGCGAGAGAGCGAGACGAAAACGCGUCGUGAGGGAUUAUCAACUUGUGUCCACAUUCUUUGCGUCAUCCAGAAAAGACAAAGGAGUAAAAAAGAAACGAACAAAAGAAGAAAAAGAAUUCAGGGACAGAAUGCGUGUAUUCGCACAGUUUUACACAGCACAAGAGCACGAACAGUUCCUAACAAAUCUCGAAAGAGAAAGAGAAUUGCGUUUACGACUCUCUGAGCUGUAUCGAUAUCGCGAGAAUGGAAUUACAAGACACGAGGAAUGUGCUCAUUAUGAGCAGGUGGUUGCUCAAACUCAGAGACAGAACGACACAAUAGAUCAUUGGGCGGAGAAAAAAUCUGGCAGCAGUGGGCCGUCCACACCAAUACAUCGCCACACCUCAAAAAGAAGAGAAGAAGAAAAAAAUUACUCUUCAAUCGACCGAAAGUACACUAUAAAACAAGAAUUGCCCAGCAACUCCGCGGUCAAUCAAACCAGUCACAAUCGGACGACGACUCCAGCCAGUCAAUUGGUGGAAGCGGAUAGCAAUCCAAACACUUCCAGCCAACACUCUACUACCAGCUCCAAUUCUACACAAGAAAAAGGUUACAACGGCGGCACUGCUACUUCCGGAAAAUCUUAUUCAACCUCGGCAGAUUCUCCGCACGAAAGAGACAUAGAAUCGGAAGCGGCAUCUCAUCUUUUAACAAAACAAGAAAAAUCUCUGUGUAUGCAACUUGACCUAAAACCGACUCAAUAUUUGACGCAAAAGACAUUAUUAUUGCAGGAAUAUUUGAACGGUAACAGAAGAUCGAGUAUCGUGCCGCAAUCAGAACCAGAGAGCAGGAUUCUUCAUUAUCUGGUAACCAACGGUUUGAUCGCAGCCAAUUGAUAGAGCAUGUAAAACUUCAUUUUUACCAUUUUUUCCACUCUAAGUCAUCUCUUCUAAUCUUAUAAGACAAAUUCUAGAUAUAACUAGAGUUGAAGUCUGAUGUAAUUAGCGUGUAGGGCAGAUAAACGGAGGAAAAAACGAGAAAGAAUGCAAGCGUGCUUAGCAUAUUGUUAUGCUUUUGUUGUAUAUAUUCCUUUUUGCGCAAUAUUUUAAGUUACUGUUGCAUCACGUGAUUUAUCGUGCGAUACUCUGUCUCUUCUUCGAGAUAUAUUCACGAUCGGACGCUGGUUGGGAUAUAUUUGAUUAUGCGUUUAUGAUAAAUCCGGCGUUGCAUUUAAAAUCGAUUCUGACAGUGAUCAACCAGUCAGUGUUUAUAUAAGAAAAAACUGACCAAUAUUUUCUAUUUUUUUUCUGACCGUUCUUUUUCUUCAUAUUCAAGGCUAUAAACUAAAUUAUAAUGGAUAGUUUGAUUAACUAAAAAUAUUAAUUGAUGCUGUUAGAAUUGAUCGUUAAUACAUUAUAUUUUACUUAUAGCUUCCGAACGGUUGAACGCCGCGUAAGAGAAUCUCUUAACACUGCCUACGUAGAGCUAUUGAAUAUAUUGCUCAAUUAAUUCUUCCAUUACGUUACCUUCGUAUACAGAUUAUGUCCGUCGAGGACUCUCCUUUUGAUUUUAAAUGUUAUCUGUUACUAUAUUUGACAAUAAGGAAAUACUAAAAUUUUUAAACGUCCUCCGUUUCAGAAUUACGAAGUUAUCGCGGUACAGGAACCAAAUCAACUUAACAAAAUGCGUCUGUGCUUUUUGGAUCUUUGUAAUCGCAAUCGAUGUUAAAAAUACGGAAACCCUAAUUAUUUUCUCUUAUUAAUUAGAUGUUUAUCGUUAUUAAUUUAUUGAUAUACUAUAACAAAUGAUAAUUUUGGAGAUUAACACAGAUUAAUGACAAGCUAAUAUAGAGAAAAUUUGCUGGAUAAAUCGACUGACAUUUUAUAUAGUUAAAAUGUAUUUAUUGUGUAUCGUGUAAAUUACUUGCAUGGCAUGCAAUUAUCUACAUGAUUAUAUACGUAAUAGUAUCGCGUAUACUUUAUCUUAUAGUUUGAGAAUUCGUGAAAGAAAGAGAGAGAAAAAUGACCAUUUUUAUUGACGAGGAAUGAGUUAAGUAUUGCUAUAUGCGUUCAACAUCGAUAGUGUGUGUGAGAGAGAGAGAGAAAGAGAGAGAGUACGAUAUUAGGUGAUUUAUUUGUUGCCUAUGUAGAUUUUGUAUAUACAAGAAUAGAAAAAAAUGUAUUUUUAGUGAUAAUGUGCUCCAAAGCACAAAAAAACAAUAAUUUUCUUGGCGUGUAUCGAAUAUUGUCAUCUUUAUCCGCAGACAUAAAGGGCUGCGAGAAAAUGAUAAUUCUAAAAUUAAAAAGAAAAGAAACAUCUUUUGGUCAUGUGUGUGGAGAGAUAUGUUAAGUUUAACGAAAAAUAUGUCUUUAGGAAACCACACGUAAAAGUAAUUUUUUUUCUUUUGUCUUCAUAAUUUACAAAGAGUGAUUGGUAGCAAUUGUCGUUUCGCGAAAUAGUUAAUCGGAGAUUUCAUUCUUAAGUUUUAUUUACUUCUUAAAUAUAACACUAGAAAAUAGAAAUCGGUUACGUAUAGCUACGUAACGACGUAUUUUUAAGUAAUUUUAUGUGAGUCUUUCCUCCGAAAUCCUUGCACUUAUUGAAGAAUAAUGUAACGUUAAGUGGAAGUACGACAAAUUCUAUCUUGUAGAUCCUAAAAUUGUGUAAAUACGACAACAGCCUAUCUGUAUAUAAUAAGGUGGAUGAGGGCCGCGUGCGAGUCGGUGACAAAUUCUAUAUAUUGGGGGAUCUUUCGUUGAUAAUGCAGCAUUUGUAUAGUCGGGCGACGCCAAGACACAAAACGGUUCGCUGAUAUUUUCUAUAGGUAAUAAAACAAAUACCUCCGUUUAUUCGACUAUAUUUGACGACGUCAUUGCAUCGUCAACGGCUUCCUCCCGUGAGCGUUGAAGCGGCGUAUGCGUUCGAAGCAAGCGAGAUCAUUCGUUGAAAGCCUUGUGCUUGAAAGACUUGUAUAAAGUAUCGAUAUCGUAUCUUAGCUGUAGGGCUACGACAUCGAAAUACCAAGGCGUUCUUAGGGGGCGAUUUAGAUUGAAUAAAGAAUGGCACGGAGCAUAGAGUCGAUGGAAGAAAGGUCGCGACGCUUUGACCUUGAUGAAAUUUUGUACGCGUGCAAUAUCCAGAAAACUAUCGACGCGUCGCGAAACUCAUCGGAAGAAAAGGAAACAAGCAAGCGUCGCGACCUUUUUUUCUCUCCACUGCCUACAAUAGCUUCGAGUCACGAUGAAUUAUCUCUGCACGACAACCGACACCGCGUGCGGUACGUUUUACGCGCACUAUUUUCUCAAUAGAACAAAGAAGCUUUACAAUCUACGGAUUACGAUGUACUUGCGAUAGAAGGACGAAAGACAGUUGUCGAAUGUGCGAAAUAAACUGUGCGAUAUUUUCAUUUAAA